UGAUUCUCAAGAUAUGAUUACCGGAGAGGAUUCUCGUAUUGUUUGUACAAAAUUCCCUGUGAUUCCCAGCGAUAGCCUAAUCAAAUGUCGAGUUUUUCUUUUGUCUAUGUAGACGAGAACUCUCGUGCGUGCCAUGACAAUCCUCCAUAGUAAUAGAGUCGAUCUCAAUGACCUCAAGAAUAAACAUAAUUCUACUAAUAGUAAGUAAUCUAAUCUCGUCAAUUUGAGCCCACAAAGAACUAAACAAUGGAUCAGUUGCAAAACAAUCGCAAUUGCAUCAUGUUCCAAACCUUGUGGAAUGACAUAUUAAAUCGUUUUGGAGCCAGCUAUGUGACUUACCAUGCAUGGGGCUCGAUUAUUCUGGUCAAUGGGAUCUUCUUUCUAUUUGGGGGCCUAUUUGUCCUGAUGGACCUAACGGGAAGACCCAAAUCUUGGCAGAAGUACAAAACUCAACCGAGCAUGCAAGACGCCCUGAAUUGGCCCAAAUUACGAUCCCUGCUCAUCACGGUGUUUAUCAAUCAGUUCGUCAUUGGGUCCUUGUUCAUGUUCGGCACAGCUUGGCUUCAUCUCAAGAUUCAUGGACAUCCGAACGAUCUGUCAGAUCUGCCUUCACUAGGCGAAGUUCUAUUCCAAUUAUCCGUGUUUACAUUUAUCGAAGAAGUUCUGUUCUUUUAUUCCCAUUGGAUGUUACAUCAUCGUUCUAUUUACAAGUAUAUCCACAAGAAGCAUCAUGAAUGGACCGCACCGAUUGCUUUUGAGGCCGUCUACGCGCAUCCCAUUGAGCAUCUGCUCUCCAAUUUGAUUCCAGCCUCCGUGGGACCUCUAUUGUUCAACUCCCAUGUGCUUGUCACUUUAUUCUACUUCUGUCUCAUUACUUUUGUGACAGUCUGCCAUCAUUCGGGGUAUCACUUUCCACUCUUGCCUUCUCCCCAAGCCCAUGAUUUUCAUCACAUGACAUUCAAUCAGAACUACGGUGCGAUGGGCAUCUUUGAUUACAUCCAUGGGACGGACCAGGGCUUUCGUAAACACAUUGCCUUCCAAAGACACCACACUUUGUUUACCACGAAAUCAGCUCAAGAACUACACCCAGACCCAAAUCCUGCGGCCCAGCCGAAACACAAAGAGUUAUAGAUCGGGGCAUGAUAAUAAUGUAGAAUGACCAUGAGGAGGUGGUCAGUGGUUCAAAAUCAUGGACAGCCUAAGCAUCAGAUACACACUUUUUCUCACCGUCUCUUUGGUAUUUAGAUUAGCUUGGAGUGUGGAAGUGAGCCAAUAUUAUAUCCAAACAUGUCAAAUCACUAUGGAGCAGAACCUGUACCUGCGCAAAAUUGUGGCCUUGGACUCUUUUCGACAUUGUGCAGAAGACGCUCAUUUUCCCUCCCUUGAACCGUCGGAAAAGCCUUUGCCAGAGCAUGAGACAUCCAUCACGCCCUCCAGUCGAGCCAUAACCCACCCGAAGACAAGAUCAGUGACGACAUCCACCAUUAUUAAGCCCACAAUCACAACCUCUCUUCAAACGUAUCAGCUCCGUUUUCGUGGGGCCAUAGUUCCAACCACGAUCGAAGUGACUAAGUCUAUUAACAUAACCAUAACCCAAACCAAGGAGCAAGAAGCACACCAAACUGAUCUUCUCACUUAAUUGAGAUUCUUGUAUAAUUACCCACUCAUAUGUAGUAAAAUAAUAUCAAUUAGCUCAUUGAACAAUAGAAGUCUUCUUACGAGAGUCCGCUGAUUUCACCAGUCACUGCGUCAAUGUCGAUGUCAAAAAAGAUGGGUCUUGUCGGCAACCCAGGCAUAGUGGAAAUCGUCCCCACCAGAGGAUACAAGAAACCGGCUCCAACACUCGCCCGAAUAUCUCGAAUGGUGAUGGUGAAUCCGGUUGGAGCUCCUUUUAGCUUCUCAUCUCCAGUCAGAGAUCGAUGAGUCUUGGCCAUGCAAAUAGGUAGAUUUCCAAAUCCUUGUCGGGUGUAGCGUUCCAAUUUCGUCUUGGCUUCAUCCAGAAGCACGAUUCCGUCGGCGCCAUAGAUCUCCUUGGCAAUGAUGGCAAUCUUCUCGUCAAUCGGCAAAUCCAAAUCGUACAAGAACUUGAACUCCGAGGGAGAUUUACAAGCCCUAUCCACGGCUUCAGCGAGAUCCGCUGCUCCUUUGCCUCCCAAAGCAAAAUGGCGACAUUCAACGGCAUCAAAGGCCCCGUUUUCCAAGGACAGACGCUUCACCAGGUCCAACUCGC